GGGACUCGGGGCUGCGGGCCGGGAUCGCGGGCCUCCCCGGGGCUUGCAGUGACUUCAUUUCAAAGAAGGUUCAUUCCCAGAGGGUCCAUUAUUUAAGUUUUGCCUUUUCCAGAAUGUCAUGUGAAAAGAUUAUUUUAAAAGCUGAUGCUGUAUGUAAUGUGAAAUGAUGGCAACAGGUGACUUAAAAAGAAGCUUAAGAAACCUGGAACAAGUGCUUCGCUUGCUGAAUUAUCCUAAAGAAGUAGAUUGUGUAGGCUUGGUUAAAGGAGACACAGCAGCGUCUUUGCCCAUCAUCAGCUACUCUCUUACCUCAUAUUCACCUUAUAUAGCAGAACUUCUUGUGGAAUCCAAUGUGGAGCUGAUAGCAAAGAAUGACUUGCGCUUUAUCGAUACUGUCUAUAAGCUUCUUCGUGAUCAAUUUAAUUAUAAACCAAUCUUGACAAAAAAGCAGUUUCUCCAGUGUGGAUUUGCAGAAUGGAAAAUCCAAAUUGUUUGUGACAUUCUGAAUUGUGUGAUGAAAAAGCACAAGGAGUUGUGUGGUCUGGAGAAGACUCCACUACAACAAAGAAAGAAAAUCAAUUUCAAUAAACCAGAACCUUCUUCAAGCAGUGAGAAAAUAUCUACAGAACCUGUUGGCAUUGACAUCACUGGGAGGUUUUUGACUUCGGGAAAGACGAAAGCUGUGGUGAUCCGUCACCUGUAUAACGAAGAUGGUGUUAACAUCCCUGAGGACACAUCAAGUACGAUAACAGAUGUUAAUGAAGGGUUUGAGGUGUGCGACGUAAAGCCUGCUGAAAUAAAGAUUCCUGAAAUAAAGGUCCCUGAAAUUGAGACUGAGCAACAAGACAUAAAAGUUAAUCCUGAGAUUGCUGCACUCCAGACUGUGCUUGCAGAAUGCCAAGAGAAGCUUAAGAGACUGAGUUGGCUAGAAAGUAGAUUAGAUUCUUUGGAGGAGAAAAUGAAAGGGAAAGUGAUGGUAAAUGAAAAAUCCUGGACUAAUCUUCUGAGUCGUAUUACUCUUCUUGAAACAGAAUUGCUUUUGUCUAAAAAGAAUGAUAAAUCUAUAGAACUUAAUGAGACGAGUGGAGACUAUGUUUUCAGUUGUGACAUCAAAAAUCUGAAUCCUGACAAAAACUACGAGGGAAGACAAACAGACAUGCCUCUGCCCCCUGGUUACGGUACACGCUCAUCAGCGUCAACUGCCCGAAACUCGGCUCUUACUUACUGUGGCUUGAGAGAUAUUUCAGAGGAAACAACAAUCCAGAGAAUGGAAAGGAUGAAAAAAAUGUUUGAAGAAACUGCAGAGUUACUGAAAUGUCCAAAUUACCAAUUAUAAUUGUCUGCAUGAACUUCUCUAGGACUUUGGCUUCUGUAUAUGUAUAUUUUAAGGAUUCUUGAUAUAAUUUAAUUGACCACAAUAUUUUUAUUAAGAGUUUCAAUUCCACUUGGUAUAUGAACCCUUUCCUUCAGGAUUGAAUAAAUUCUUAAGUAUUUUUGUGCUAUGAUUAUACUACUUUACUCUGCUUUCCUUUCUUAGGAAAACGACAUUUCUUUUACAGAGUGAAGUCAUUAGAGCACUGUAUUUCUGUGUUGACAUUUGCUGGCAGUGUGCUGAGGAAUAUGUUUUUAAAGUACAGGCUGGAGGAGCGAGGUUUAUGUCCCGUUGGAACCGUUCCAAGUGGGGCUUGCGUAUUGUCCCCAGGAGGCUCGCGGACAUACCCUCCUGCCACCUGUCCUGACGAACAUGUUGCAGUGAAAAGUUGAAAAUUAAAUAAAACAAAAUACAGCUAUUUCCUGCUUAGUCAAAAAGCAGCAACACGUUUUCAGUUACCACCGAGGAAGGAAGGGUAUGAUUCUCCUUUUGUGUUUGGAAGCAGGUCAGAAAGUUCAGUGUGAAGAAUGUGUUGAGUAUUUUAGUGCUCCAUCCGGUAACACCUUUUAAGACCAGCAGCUCGGACACAGAUGGUGGCCGUCCAGUAUUACAAGUCACAGGGAGGUUUUUUCACUAAAUGAUGUGAAGUUACAUUUUUUUCUGGAGAGAGACAAAGUUUUAGAUACAGUUAAAUCAAGGGAUAAAAUGGAAUUUGUUUUUAAAUGUUUAGGUAAAUUAUUAUUUUUUUUAAACGUUCCAAACAUGUAAUAAUAGUAAUCAUGGGUAACUUCAAUCUUGAUUCCUUUAUUUGGAAGGAAAAAGGAGAAGUAGUUUUUUUUUAAAUUAUUAUAUGGCUCUUCUGACUAUAUUUUAUUUAU